UAUGUUUUCCCAUUCCCAUGUCUCAUCUACUUAUACUCGCUCGUUCCUUGUCUCUUGAAUGAACACAAGCAGUGUGGGACUAAUCGUUUUGCGGAGAGAAACAUUAUCAGGUUUUAUCUAUAUGGGAGGAAAAUAAACACCGAGAUGUUACACCGUUCAGCACCAGUGGUCUUGUGGCUUUUCUUCUUCUUCUUCUGCUCAUUUUUUUCUUUUCUCUAAUGCUCGGAAACCUACAUCAACUAUUCCUAAACAUGACGGUAUAAUAUACGAUCAAAAUCAACCAAGGAACUCCAGCUCAAGCCAACGUAAGACUAGUAAUCGAUCUUGGUGGAAAAUUAUUUGCAUCAUCAUCUCGGAUUCACUUGCAUAUUUAAGGUUAUUAGUUAUUAGGUUUCAUGGAGGGGAGUGAGAAUUUAUUAAAAGCUAUCUCCGAAGACGAUAGUCUAGAAGAUUAUCAAGAUGCUGACAUGCUUGAUUCAGAGACUUUGGAAGAAGGGGAGUGUAGGAUACAAAUUGGUAGUUUGCAGUUGACUGAAACUAGUAAGUCUGUGGAAGGAGAGUACACGGGGAAGAUUGGAGACUUAGGAUUGACAUAAAUGGGAAGCAGGGGUGACGUUACAAUAAAUCAAGCAUCUAAUACAAACAAGAAGAAGAAGAAUAAAAACAAGAAGAAGAAGACUAAAAGCAAGAAGACUGGUCCUGCCCCAGCUAUCAAAAACAUGAAUAAGUUCGUUAUUGAUACUUGUAAACGCUUGAAGGAGAGAAAAACUUAUCUGGUUUGGAAUGCUGUGGGUGUUCUUGGUGUCUCUGCUCUGAGCGAUAUUGUCAACGAGCAGGUUUGUACACAGAUCCAAGGAAUGAGUGGUUUCGAACAUGACUACCAUUGGAAAGUUUGCAGUAAGAGUGAAGAUUUGUUUCCAAUAGCUGCAAACUAGAGAAUCGCAGCUAUCUAGGUGGAUGCAAUUCAGGCAUGUGGAGGACAGAUGACUGCUGAUGGAAAGCGUCAUCGCUAUGGUGGUGGCAUAUUAUGGGGCAUUCUGAAGAAACGUGACCCUAAUGCUUACAAAGAGAUCAUGGUCAAGGGCAAGGAAAUUGAGGUUUGACUAAAUAUUUUUGCGUUACAUAUUUCUUUCUCCAGGCUCUUACUCAGCUGAUACGUGUAAAGAAUGCAAUUUUAAUUUUGUUGAUAUGAUUCUUCCUUAGGAUAUCUGUUGUAGUUUCCUCUGAAAAAAUUAUGUUUCUCUAACAGAAGAGAAAAAAGUGAGUCUCUCUAGCAGAAGCAUGUUUUUUUUUAAUGCCGCAAGUUUGACACACUCGGAGACUAGGAACAAUGGCAGCUUCUGAUAAUGUUUUUUUGAAUGCCACAAUUUUGAACACUCAGCAUUAAUACCUUCCAGUGUAAAACAUUUUGAUCACGUAUAUACAUGUGUGGAAGGAGUUCAAUUUUGUGCACACUCCUCUGAAGAGUGUAUAUUUGACAUGUUCAUUUGAUUGGUUGAUUACUUGACAAAUCGAUCAUUUUCACUGAACUCAACCACACAAAUCUCUACAAGCUAGGUAAUGCAAUUUUAGCCCUGAAAAGGACUAUGCAGUAAGAAUACACUUCCAAUCAAAGGAUAGC